AUGUGCACGAGUAAGGUACAAUAUGUGAUGAGACGAAAGACCGGUUGCAACCGGUCUAAACCGGUCUUUUUCGGUUUUUAUAUAUUUACAAAAACAUGGCAACUGGCAACUGGACUGAUCACAAAUGUGGGCAACUGGCAACUGGAAAAGACCAGACUGUGGUUCAGUCCAGUUCAGUCCUAUACUGGACCUGCGAACACUAUGGGCAUCUUCUCAAUGUCGAACAUGGCCAAGUGGAUCGAUAGGAAUUCUGCUGUUGCUGCACUUCCUGCUCCUACUCCCGAUGAUCCUACCAGCGCCUCCUGCCAUCACAACUGUUCCUCCACCACUGUUCCUCCUGCAACCGAUUCCGCUCCCACAACUGCUCCUCCUGCAACAUCAACGCCUCGUCCUGCGCCGCCUCCCGCCAUUCCUCAAUUGCAUCUCGAAAAUCAGAUAGAGAGAUCCAGUGGAACCAGUAGCUGA